GCACCGCCGGCUAGCGGCGGAGCUCGGCCGGGACGCGCCGCCGCAUCGCCGCCCCGCGCGGGGACCGUGCGCGCCCCGAGCGCAGCACAAUAGCCGGGAGGAGGAGACAGGCAAAGGGGCAGGGGGAGAGGAGGAGAGAGAAAGAGAAAGCACAACACGGGGGCUGGCGAGGCAGCGCGGAGCGGAGGGCUCCGAGCGUGGCCGCGCUGAGGACCGUGCCCAGGACGGCGGCGAGAGGAGGUGGGUGGGGGGCGAUAUUUACCUUCCCUCCCCCGCCCCGAGCCCAUUCCUUUGUCCACGCGCUUUGAAGUGCUGGGGGAUCGCCAGGGUGGGAGCAUUGUUGUUCGCCAGCAAACGAUCAGUCAUGCCGGGGAGAGAGUAGCGAGCGUACGCAGGGCUGAGGCCGGCAGAAGCAGAAGGAGACGGGGAGGAGAGACGAUUGCGAGAGAGGAUUGCUGCCUGCCUUCCAGUGCCCUGCAUGGACCGCGAAAGAGACGCGCUGAGUUGACGCUGCCCGAGCUGUUUCUGCUUCUACAUGUGAGAUCCGGUUGGUUUUUUCUUUCCACCUCUUUCUCUCCAGCCUCCUUCUCGUAUUCCCCACUUACUCCCGUAUGCAAAAUGGUGGACCCUGUGGGGUUUGUAGAGGCUUGGAAAGCACAAUUUGCAGACUCUGAGCCUCCUAAAAUGGAGCUGAAGUCUGUGGGAGACAUUGAACAGGAACUGGAGAUGUGCAAAGCAUCUAUCCGGAGACUGGAGAUGGAGGUUAAUAAGGAGAGGUUCCGCAUGAUUUACCUGCAGACUCUUCUGGCAAAGGAGAAGAAAAGCUAUGAUAGACAGAGAUGGGGUUUUAAACGUGUUUCUCAGUUGCCUGAAGGGGGUGCAGAGCAGCAGAUCCAGGACCUGCAUCAUCACCAGUCUGCUGACCAAGACGAAUAUGAAAAAAGCAAGUCACAUCAUGGGGAGGAAAAGUUCAAACCAAGGAUACCCUCUAUGCGGAAGCUGUCUACCCAGAGUGAUGGGUCAGACCUGUCUCCUUUGGACAGCCCCCACCAUGGAGAAGGAGAGCAGGACAGGUGUAAGUACUAUGGUGAAGAGAAACUGAAGAGAGUUGUAGAAGACAUGGAGAAUCGCUGUGAUACGGAUGGCUCUCCUUCAAAACACAGAUCGGCUUCCACUCGCAGGCUGGUGGGAUCUGCUGAGAAGGAGGGAUCAUUUGAACCUAAGGAGAGAGGGAACAGCACCAGUGUGGCAGCCCUAAGGUCCAAUUUUGAGAGAAUGAAAAAGGUUAAUUCACAUUCUUCUAGUGAAAACAAGGAUGUUGUUGAAAAGCCCUUUUAUGUGAACAUGGAGUAUCAUCAUGAGAAGGGUCUAGUAAAGGUCAACGAUAAAGAUGUUUCUGAUAAAAUAAGCUCCCUUGGUAGCCAAGCCAUGCAAAUGGAACGAAAAAAGUCUUUGCACUCCCUGCCUUCUAACAUGGUACCCAGCUUCAGCGAGUUCCAGAGGCCUGCCUACAGGGGAAGGUCCUCAGAGAGCAGUUUUGGCUAUGAUGGAGAAUAUGAGGAUGCUGAACUGAACCCCAAGUUUCUUAAAGAUAACCUGAUUAAUGCCAAUGGCAGCAACCGUUCACCUUGGCAGCCCAUGGACUUUCAGCCGUAUCAGAGUAUCUAUGUUGGUGGAAUGAUGGGGGAAGGAGAAGGAAAAGGACCUAUUCUGCGAAAUCAGGGCCCACCUGACCAGGAAAAACAUCUCACGUGGCCCAGGAGAUCUUAUUCCCCCAGAAGUUUUGAAGAUAUUGGAGGAGGGUAUACUCCUGAUUGUAGCUCGAAUGAGAACCUUACCUCCAGUGAGGAAGACUUCUCCUCAGGACAGUCCAGCCACGUCUCCCCCAGCCCCACCACUUACCGCAUGUAUCGGGAUAAAAGCCGUUCCCCCUCCCAGAACUCCCAGCAGUCCUUUGACAGCAGCAGCCCACCAACCCCCCAGUCUCAAAAACGGCACCGGCAGCAGCAGGUCAUCGUGUCCGAGGCCACUAUUGUGGGUGUACGAAAAACAGGACAGAUCUGGCCAAGUGAUGGAGAUCUGCCCUCUGCGAGAUGUCACCAGGACAGCUGUUUCCACGGGGAUACAGAUGCCCCGUUCGGGGGGACCCCGCCCGGCUACGCGUACGAUGCUGACCGCGCCGAGGAGCAGCGGCGGCACCAUGACAUGAUGCCCUACAUCGACGACUCGCCGUCCUCCUCGCCGCACCUCAGCUCCAAGAGCCGCGGCAGCCGCGACACGCUGUCCUCGGGCUCCCUGGAAUCCACCAAAUCGAGUGAGCCAGACCUGGAGAAAGGCCUGGAGAUGAGAAAAUGGGUCCUGUCAGGAAUCCUAGCCAGUGAGGAAACCUACCUGAGCCACCUGGAGGCCCUGCUGCUGCCUAUGAAGCCUUUGAAAGCCGCUGCCACCACCUCCCAGCCCGUGCUGACCAGUCAGCAGAUUGAGACAAUAUUCUUCAAAGUGCCUGAGCUCUAUGAGAUCCACAAAGAAUUCUAUGAUGGGCUCUUUCCCCGAGUGCAGCAGUGGAGUCACCAGCAACGUGUUGGGGACCUCUUCCAAAAGCUGGCCAGCCAGCUGGGAGUGUACCGGGCCUUUGUGGAUAACUAUGAAGUUGCUAUGGAGACAGCAGAGAAAUGCUGCCAAGCCAAUGCUCAGUUUGCUGAAAUCUCUGAGAAUCUAAAGGCCAGAAGCACAAAGGAAUCUAAAGAUCAGACGACGAAAAAUUCCUUGGAAACUCUGUUGUACAAGCCAGUGGAUCGAGUGACCCGCAGCACACUUGUCUUGCAUGAUUUGCUCAAGCACACUCCUGUGAGCCACCCUGACCAUCCCCUGCUGCAGGAUGCUCUGCGGAUCUCACAGAACUUCCUCUCCAGCAUCAACGAGGAGAUCACUCCUCGCCGGCAGUCCAUGACUGUAAAGAAAGGGGAGCACCGGCAGCUGCUGAAGGACAGUUUCAUGGUGGAGCUGGUGGAAGGGGCUCGCAAGCUACGCCAUGUCUUUCUUUUCACUGACCUCUUCCUGUGUGCCAAGCUCAAGAAGCAGAUUGGAGGGAAAAGCCAACAAUAUGACUGCAAGUGGUACAUCCCGCUCACUGACCUCAGUUUCCAAAUGGUUGAUGAGUCUGAGGCAGUGCCCAAUAUCCCACUGGUACCUGAUGAGGAGCUGGAUGCCAUGAAGAUCAAGAUAUCCCAGAUCAAGAACGACAUCCAGCGGGAAAAGAGAGCCAAUAAAGGCAGCAAGGUCAUUGAGAGGUUGAAAAAGAAGCUGUCGGAGCAGGAAUCCCUGCUGCUGCUGAUGUCUCCCAACAUGGCCUUCCGGGUGCACAAUCGCAACGGCAAGAGCUACACAUUCCUCAUUUCAUCGGACUAUGAAAGGGCAGAGUGGAGGGAGAAUAUCCGGGAACAGCAGAAGAAAUGUUUUAAAAGCUUCUCACUCACAUCAGUGGAGCUCCAGAUGCUGACAAACUCCUGUGUGAAGCUUCAGACAGUGCACAACAUUCCCCUCACUAUCAAUAAGGAAGAUGAUGAAUCCCCAGGUCUUUAUGGAUUCCUGAAUGUCAUUGUCCACUCUGCCACGGGAUUCAAGCAAAGCUCAAAUUUGUACUGCACGUUAGAGGUUGAUUCUUUUGGGUAUUUUGUGAACAAGGCCAAAACUAGAGUUUACAGAGACACAACAGAGCCCAACUGGAACGAGGAGUUUGAGAUUGAGCUGGAGGGCUCACAGACACUGCGGAUUCUGUGCUAUGAAAAGUGCUACAACAAAACCAAGCUCACCAAAGAGGAUGGAGAGAGCACAGAUCGCAUCAUGGGGAAAGGACAGAUCCAGCUGGACCCACAGGCACUGCAGGACAAAGAUUGGCAGCGCACAGUCAUCUCAAUGAAUGGGGUGGAAGUGAAGCUGUCAGUGAAGUUCACCAGUCGGGAGUUCAGCCUGAAAAGGAUGCCAUCCCGCAAGCAGACGGGCGUGUUUGGGGUCAAGAUUGCUAUUGUCACCAAGAGAGAGAGGUCGAAGGUGCCGUACAUCGUGCGGCAGUGCGUGGAGGAGAUCGAGCGGCGCGGGAUGGAGGAGGUGGGGAUCUACCGCGUCUCUGGGGUUGCAACCGACAUCCAGGCUUUGAAAGCUGCCUUUGAUGUCAAUAACAAGGAUGUGUCAGUGAUGAUGAGUGAGAUGGACGUUAAUGCCAUUGCAGGCACCCUCAAACUGUACUUCCGGGAGCUGCCGGAGCCCCUCUUCACAGACGAACUGUACCCCAACUUUGCUGAAGGCAUCGCACUUUCAGAUCCUGUUGCAAAGGAGAGCUGUAUGUUGAAUCUGUUGCUAUCACUUCCAGAACCCAACCUUGUGACAUUCCUUUUCCUUCUGGACCAUUUAAAAAGGGUUGCUGAGAGGGAAAGCAUCAACAAGAUGUCCCUGCAUAAUCUUGCCACUGUCUUCGGACCAACACUGCUCAGACCUUCAGAGAAGGACAGUAAAAUCCCUGCUAACCCAACCCAGCCCAUCACAAUGACUGACAGCUGGUCACUAGAAGUCAUGUCCCAGGUUCAAGUUCUUCUGUACUUCCUGCAGCUAGAGACUAUUCCUACCCCAGACAGCAAGAGGCAAAGCAUUCUCUUUUCUACAGAGGUGUAGGUGCCUGCGGUACCAACGGGACACAAACUGCUUUUGGCAUAACUCUGUCACCCUGGGAAAAAGAUGACUGGUGUGUCCUUGGACUGACCUGUUCCUGUGCUGGGGAAUUCUGGCCCUCAGUGCUUCUGCAGUUUGUUAACCGGGAGACAAGCUGGAGAGAAUGGAGAAAAACCUCCUUGUGCUGGUAGAACCAGAACUAACCGGAGAUGGAGCUGUGCGGAGUCUCCACUAGAAGGAGCAAUAGACACUUGGACAAAUGCACCACAGAAUGUGGUGAUUAUUCUUGCUAGGAAUGUGACAGAAGGUAUUCCUCAUUUUGUGGAUUUAAUUUAUCAUAAAGAAACUUCAAGAUUUCUACUGGACCACUUGAUAGGACACCUCUUUUUGGAAGAGGGGGCGUUAAAUGAUAUAUCACAACUGUGUCUUUAAUAACUGCUGUUUUUCAAGUACUGUUUGAGGCCACAAAAAAUAGCAUUGCUUUGCAAAGAGGAAGGAGAAGAGAAGGGUCUGGGAUCUAAAAUUCUCUCCACAGAAAUUCAAGUCUUGAUUUGAAUAUGGUUCUAAAGAAAUCAAAGAGUUUUAUGUACAGCUAGAACUGUUGUCUGGUUGGGGCUGGCUGUUUUUUAUUUUGUUUGUAUGGUUUUUUUGGCUCACCCAGCCUUUCCCAUAGAAAUGUUUGUACACCCCAGGGAAGGAGAUGCCCUGCUCUUGCCUAUGUUGCACUUCUGAUGGGUUUUGUUGGGUUGAGACAGACUCAAUAAAAUUUAAGAAAUAAAUACAGCAAAUUAAAGAGAGGCAGGGAGAAUAACAGUUAGUGAUUCUGUUGUUUGUUUACUUAUAAAAGCAGGGCACUGGUAUCCAGGAAGGAUUGCUAAAUUCCUUAGACCCCACCAAACUUAAUGAAAAUUAAUUAGGAAGACUUAAUACCCAACACUCCAAAGAAAACACAUUAUUUCUGAAAAGUAAUUGAAGAAUUUAUGGAUUUAAAAAAAAUCAAUGGCUCUCAGUUUGGCUGGCUGCUUACUCCAGACUUUUUAUCAGAACAUCUUUUUUUUUUUGAUACUUGAAUUUUUGGAGGCUUUGUACAUUGUUUCUACAAGAGUCUUUUUCUGAUAGAUACAAACGCUCUGAAAAAAUGCCAGAAUGUACUUUUUGGACAAUCUAGCAAGUAGCAUGCAUUGUGGAUUCUCCAGAAAUUCCAACUCUGUUUUAAUUAAGAGCAGUGGAGAAAUUUCUGUAGAACUCCAUCUAGCAGUACAAAAGGUCUGGCCAAACACCAAUUUUGUAUUUCCCUCCCUAAAUCAGUUGAAGCUACAGGGUUGGAAAGGCAGCAGUAUUUGUCCAGGGAAUUGAAACUGCAGAAUCAAAUUGCUGGUAUCCAGAGCCAGCAUUCUGGCUCUGAAGAGUUGUGCCAAACAUCCUGGGGGUGGGAUCGAUGCCAUUGUCCUAAACUAUUCCAGCCCCUGCUACUCCUACCCAGCUAUGCAGCAUCCUUUUAGUGGCAUCUGUCCAUCAUCAUCCUGGCAAGAAGUACAGCUGGAAGACAAGGGAAGGAAUUGGCACAAAAAGGGGAGGGAGGGACAGAUGUUGAAAGAUUGCUAGGAUCAGGUUGUCUACAUCAUUUGCAGGGAAAAAUGACACAGAAAGCAACUCCUCUUGUGCUGAAUUGUGCAUUUUCUGAUGGGUCAUCUGCAAACUCUCAAUUUAAAAAAAUAGCAAAGGAGUGUUUCAAGCAAAUAGAAAAAAAUUAAAGGGAAAUUAUUUUGUAGUCACUGUAAUUCUGACUGCUGCAGAAUAUUAGAAAUUAUUGUACUGUGAAGUUGCGAAAUCAGAAAGGAACAAAUAUAAAUUUCAAUUUUGUGAGUAUAUCAAUAUUUUGCAUGCUUUGUAAGGAUUCUUAUAGGAAUUUAAUAUUGCUUAGUAUCCCUCCCUCCUUAGGUCUGGGAGCAAACCUCUUUGUAAUGUAAUGUACAACUAGAAAUUCCUUCUCUCUUGUAUGUAUUUCCACAACAUUCCAACUUCUGAACCUGCAAAAAAGAAAAACUGUCUGUAGUAGGAGGUGCUUUUUGGGGGAGGGAGGGAAUGAAGGCAAGGAAACUUGAAGGCUUAAGAUUUUGAUUUUUUAAAAUUUUUAGAUUUGUUUUUUGCCUGUUUGAAGGUAAAAAUUGGUCACAAUCCUGAAAAACCAUUGACUUGAGCCAUGUCGUGCAGAGCAGUAAAGCAUUCUCUGUGUUUGUUCCUCUGUAUUUGUUCUCCCUUUUCCCCAGGAGCUCUACAGCAAUCCUUGCACUCCUGCCUGCUCCCACUCGGGGGGAUGGAGCUGAGGCAGGAGCACUGCUGAUGACUUCAUGGAAAAGGGAGAAAACCCUAGCUACACCUGGUGCUGGGUGAUGGCCUUUUCCUUUGGUGUUUGGAAUCUGUGGCUGCUCCUUGCAGUGUUGAAACUGGAAAGUAAUACCAUAAUGACUGUGCCAAUUUACUUUUGCCCAACUUUUUAUUUUUUAUUUAUAUAGGAAGUUAAUUUUAAUAUUAGAUUACUGAUCUAUAAUAUGUAACCAUGAGAAAAUUGCUUUUGCUUUGGUUACUGUGACAGGUUGUUGCUGUCAGUCUCUCAUUACAAUGCUCAGUUCUAAUGAAAUGUUAUCUAACAUGCAGGCAUGUGGAUCAGGGAAAAAAGUUAAUUUAACUUAACCCAUUAAUUAUUUCUGUUAAGUAUGAAUAUGUUUUCCCCAAAGCUGGUAAUUUUGGGCUGGAAAAGAUAGUGGAUCUUAUUGCUGAUGAUGAAAUAAUGGACUGAUUUGAAAUACGAGAAUUGAUUUCUUGAAU